GAUGAGAUUCUUUGGCCUCCUUUCUAUUUGUAGAUGGCUGGAAUGAAUGAAAAAGUAAAUUGCACAACUGAAAUGCUUGAUUCAUGAAGGCUGACUGGAGAGCUACCCAAACACAAUACCAACUUAAGUACAUCUCCUGGGCCCUGGCAGAACCUGAAUUUUAGUGUGAAGGGGAUUCACAGGCAUUGUGCCAAAGAGAUUUGCUGUCACUCUGUACUAAAAACGACACAGUUUUCCACUGGGACCACUUCUGUUUUAAAAAGAACACAAAAUGAGGAACUAAAUGGUGUGUACGUCAGCUCCUGCUCACACAGAUGACAAUGAAAAGAGUGGUCUCUCAUACUCUCACAGCAGUUGUAGUAGCAGAAUUCCAAGCUAUGUGAUUAUCCAUCUUUCUUACCCUAUCAGAAUUGGUCUAUAUGGAAGUCUGGUGAUUAGUUUUCUACCACUGGUGGUCAUGUUGGCAGAAGGCAUCUUAACUGGACUUGUAUAUAAAGAAACCUGUGAUCAAGAUAAGCCUCAUAGAUGUCAGGCAACUGAAAAGGAUAAGGAAGGAAUUUGGAGAAAGAAACUUGUAGACAAACCAAAAAUUAAAGAGUUUGCUGCUGGACAUGAGAAGCAGGGCAAGAUCACUGCGAAAAGUAGCAAAAUGGAAUGCAAGAAAGACCCUCACUGGAAAUCCAUAAAAGAGUUACCUGUAAAAGAUCAGAAAAGUCUUGAUAGAGGAACCACAUCACCAGCUUUACGUAUUCCCCAAAGAGAACAAAAUAAUGAACAACUGGAUUUGUAUAGAUCUUGGUCAUGCAAUAGUAUUUAUCAAAACUAUCCUGACUUACAUAUUGGGGGAGAUCGUGUGGGUGACCAUACGUGUGAUUCAGGUUGUGUUUUGGACCAUGUGUGUGAUGAACUUCCUGAUGGCCCUGUUCUGCUGUCUGCAGAUAUUCCUCUAGGUCAGUCCCCUCUAUCUGAGCAUCUUGAAAAGCCAAGUAUAAAGUCUCUGUCUGGAGAUCAUACUGGAGAAAGGAGUAUGAUGCUCUGUGAAGAGCCUCUUUCAAACUCUGUGCUCAACAACUACAUGGAAAGAAAAGUGGCAGAGCUCUAUAAACAGUUUUUUGAAGAAAAUUUGGCCAGGUGUGGUUCUGUAACAAAUCUCCUGACUUGCAGUUUGAUAAGGAAUAACUUGAAUCAGUUAAGCUUGCAGAUAUCCCAGGAGCAGAAUAUAGAAACAUCUAAAGCCAGAGAGGUGCUCUUGCAUUCUCUAGCUUUGUUUAGUUUGCGUAAUGCUACCAAUGGAAAUAGCUCUGAAUUUAGUACUCCAAACUUACAGAUCUCAAACGCAGCAUGUGUGGAAAAGACCUGCAGGAUACAGUUCACGUCAUAACUGAACUGCUCAGCUGAAGAGAUGAAUAAAAUUCAGAUACAAAUAUUUCACUGUAAGGAUUAGAUUGGGAAAUGAAAGCAUUGGACGCUACAGGCUUUUUCAAAUAAAUGUUUUAACAUUUAACAUACUUUGUCUAUGGUGCUCUUCCCAAAGGAAGAUCAAAGUCACUAUUGUCUUUCUAAUGUAGAAAAAGAAAUGAACUUAUCUCUAAAAUGCUGUUCAACUGUAUUUUUUUAAGUGAGGAGAGCCAUGCUUCUAAGACUCUGGCUCUGUAAGUAAUUAUACUCAAGUACCAUUGGAUUUACUCCUGCAAGAACAAUCAGUCAAGGCAUAAGUGCUGCUAAAAUUAUGAUCUAAGAGAGUAAUCCAUUCCCCCUGAUAAGGAAAAGAAUCUAAUUGUCUUCAAACUGGAAUGUCGCAAACUUGGGCUUCAACUAUAUUGCCUAAUCCAACGUCCAACAAAUUUUGCUUCUGCAAAGCUUGAUCAGAGUGGCUGAGAAAAUAUUUCCUUGGUUUGAAAAUUUUGUCAGCAGAUAGAGGUGUUCAGAAUUCAGGAUUAUUUUGUAUAUAGCAUCAUACAGAGGAAAUAUAAGGCUUAAAUGUUAAUCAAGACACUCAAGAGGUUCUAAUAUUAUUGCAUGUGUAUGUUUGUAUUGCACAGGUAAAGUAUG